AUGUGCACCUUCUACAGAGGCAUCAUCGUUAGAGCAUCUCUGACGAGCACCGGUCAUCACCAUGUGGUGUAUGGGCGCCUGCAAUGCGCACCGUCCCUGCCGGCGGGAAGAGACCCUUCAACCCAUAGUGAUAAAGACAUUGAUCAUCCCUCGGCGGCUUCUAUCUGUAGAGGUCGUGCUCGUAUUAAAGCUGUGAUGGAUGGGCCAGUGGUGUCCAACAUUGAUAAGAUCGGAGCUGAUCACGUCCAGAGUCUGUUACUGAAACACUGUGCAAGUGUGGUUGCUAAAACUAGACCGCUCCCAGAUAUGGUGGAUCAAUACAAGGUAGAUUAUGGUUAUCUGGGCACCAUGCUCUGUUCACAUGUGGUGAAGGCCCGUGCACAGGCUGCCUUCCAAGCCCAAACUGUUAACAGAACCACGCUCACUAUCACACAGCCACGCCCGACUCUGUCAGUGUCUCAGAGUGGAUUGUCAACAUCAAGUGGGUCACGCGCACCGAGCAUUAUUAAAGUACCCAGUUCACUCACCCUUAUGUCCACUCGCCCUGGAACACCUACCCAGCCGUCACCCCCAGCAACCAAAUAUAUUGUUAUGGCAACAAGCGCAGGAGCGGCAUCCACACAGCAGGUAAUCACUCUCAGCUCCUCCCAGUCUGGAUCUCCUGUCACAAGUACAGUCCCCAGCACCCCCACAUCUUUACAGCCACUCGUCAAACUGGAGUCUGGAAACACAGGUGCUGUGAGUGGCUCGCGCCCUCUUCAGAAAUACAUUGUGGUGUCUCUGCCUUCAUCCUCUUCCUCACUGGAGAACAAGAGCUCAAGUGUCCUUCCAUCGUCUACCUCACCUAUCAGUAUGGAGUCGGCUGUCAAGUUGGAACGUUCCGAAUCACCGGCUGCAAACACACAGUCACAUUGAACACAUUGAAACACACACUUUCUCCACCAAGAUACAGAAGAACAAAAAAUGUAGUUUGAGACUCAUAAUAGUGCUUGCACAGCAAUUUCAGACAAACUGACAUGCAUGCUUAGAAUUAGGAAAGCGAGCAAAUAGCUAUGCACAUUUGGACCAUAAGACUCACUCACAUACACCGACACUGUGUACAUAGAGUGUGUGUGUAUGUAUAUAUAUAUAUAUAUAUAUAUAUAUAUAUAUAAUAUAUACAUAUAAUAUAUAUAUAUAUAUAUAUAUAUCUAUAUAUAUAUAGAUAUAUAUAUAUAUCUCAAAACAUGAACAAUCAAUCAUGUAUACACACAGAUACACGUGUCUGUGUGUGUGUGUAUAUGUGUAUGUACAGAGAAAAUGUAACCGUAACAGCCAUACACACAACACAGAAAAAUACCGGAUGAAAAUUGAUUUUGAUUUGAGAUUCUAAAAAAUUGGUGUGUGUGAAGUUAGCACAAGUCAGUGUUUCAGCUCACAGCUCUAGCCAUGCUUCAUUAAUGAACAUAAGGAUAUGGUUGUAUUUGUAAUGGGAGAAUGAAUGAUAGAUGUGGAUUGUGCAGGUAGAAAACAAAAAAGGGUCAGUGUCAUAGUCAUCACUGUCUAAUUUGCAUUUGUAUAAUUAAGUACAUAUGUGUGCUUUAUGAUUGAAUACUGGGCAUUUAUAGGGUUUAAUGAACAAUUUAACUGAUUUGCUUUUUCAUGUUCAUUUUUAUCUUCUAUAAUAAAGUUGUUUUUUUUUGUA